CGACUGACAGUAUUGACGCCGUGGUUGGUAUAACUUAGCAUUGAGUGUUGACAAGAAAGGCUCAAGCACGAAGAUUGCCUUCCGCACAUCCCCCGAAGUUCUGGUGCGGCGUAGAAUCAUAAGCAAGGGCGAAGGCAGGACGCUAAAGCCGACGAGGGUCCCAACCCCAAGCAACAGCGCAAGGUUGAUUGUAAGGGAGAGCCUCCUUGACACACUGUUGUACCUUUACCAGGUGUCAGGCAUCUGUGCCCGAAUGGCUGAGCAAGAUGGAUUUCUGGACUCCUUCCUGCCGUCAGAGCCUACAACCCCUCAGCCUGCACAUACCACGAUACCGAUUGGUCUGACCGAGGCGGUAUCGAAAGUGCAGACAGACAGAGUAGAAAAUGCUUUGAGCAGUAGAACACCCCCACCAACAACGCAGCAAGCUUCGUUACAGCGGAAGGCCCGGACACCGACUCCAACCGUAUCGCACAUGUCAACGCCGCCGCCCACCAUCGGCACAAUGGGCCAGUCGCAAAGAACACGCGUGACUGGAGCAUUUGCACCAACUAUGUCAUCCGAAGAGCUUGCGGUAGCAUCGGCGGAGGAGUUGCGCCAGAAAGUCGGCGAACUGCAAGCGGCUUUACACGACGCCAAGAUGACCGCUGCGCACCACAAGCUUCAGUACAGGAUGUUAGCUCAGGAGAGUGCAGCCAUCAUCGAACGUAUGACGGUCGAAGCUCGCAUGACACAGCACGAGAACGAGGUCAUCCACAACGCAGAACAAGCGAGAGUGGCAGCGACCCCAAUCCAGCCGUCACCACUCCAGGAAGGCAUGAUCCCGGUACAAAAGGACCUCUAUCAACGGAUGUGUGUUGAGAUCCAACAACUUUCGGAUGCGAAUCGCCAGUGGUCUAGGGAGCAUUCUGCACAGGAUAAGGUCAUAGCUCGCCAAGAGGGCGAAAUUGCGAGCUUAAGCGACAAGGUGACGCUUAUGCGGGAGCGCAUCCGCGAGAAUCGAGAGCAUCUCAACAAAGUGCGCAGCCGGGCAGAAGGAGACGCACGUAUCGACACCACGCCUCGUUCCGUAUACGGCACACCGCAUCGCUCACAGGGCCUCGAAGUGCUGCUGCAGGCCUCGGAGAUGACAAACCCAGAGUUGCGAUCCAGAAGAGGCCACGGCAAGCAUGAAGGUGGCAUCUCCAGCGUACCUACUACUCCAGCACGCACGCAGAAGCACGGCAAUUAUGCCAUGUAUCAGACACCCUCCGGCCGUCAGGCCCCAAUGAAGGUUCCAUCAACAGCGCCUAUGCCUCGUACAAGCGCCAUGCGUACGCCGGGUGGAGAUAUGUAUGCACAGCCGGCCCUCCCCAGCACACAAGCAGGAGUAUCUGAGGACGAAGGCACGGUAUCCGCAACAGACCGUGACGAUGACAGCGAGGCCGAAACAGACAUUCUCGAAAUGGAGGUUACUGACGAGGUGACGGAGAGUCAAGCAUCGCGUGCGGCCUCGCAGAUGCUGCGCUCAAGCCAGGAGCAGCAGGCGAAGCGGGACAGCUUCAAGGGCAGUGGAAUGCUUGCUCAAAACAAUGCGAGCGGUCUGAAGCAGACAAGACUCUUCGGUGCGGUCAGGAAGGCUAACGUGGAGAGAGUCUUUGCAGGCCCAGAUGCACCGCCACCGGCGAAGAGACAGCGGACGGGGGAGGCGAGUCCGGACAACAGCACUGCCGUGGGUUUAGGGAUUGCGGGCUUAAGGUCUUAGGAUUUGUUUAAGCAAGCAACACGGAUCGGCGGCGGCCUCAGUCUUGAUAGAGCUUGUUCGUUCAUGAAUAGCAACGAGGUUAUAAUAUGCCUUCGUCGCAAUGUGUUCCGCGCCGUCUGUUCGUGCCAU